CCUUCAUUAUAUACCACAAAUGGGAAAUUCGACCAGAACAAUUGGUAUCGACAAUAAUGUUGCUCGUCAUUGCUCCAUGUGUUACAAUUCUUACCACCAAAGAUUUUCAUAUCUCAAUUUUAUCUCUCCUGAUCGGAUAUUUCAUGUACUACAGCUUAAUUCUUUUCUUUGUUGCUUUGUAUCGCUUGUCUCCUUUUCAUCCAUUAGCCAGUUAUCCCGGCCCGCUUCUUCCAAGGAUAUCAAGAUUCUACCUUGUCUGGGUAGCAACGUCUGGGAAACAACAUCUAUGGUAUCAGGAUCUUCACGAACAGUAUGGCUCAUUCGUACGCGUUGGACCAAACGAAAUUUCGGUAUCGGAUGUUGACGUUGCCCUAGACAUACUCGGCCCUAAAGGAAUGCCCAGAGGUCCAAUGUAUGAAGGCCGGAGUCCCCCCAAUUCGUCGACUGCGCAUUCUCUUGUAACGACUCUGAACCCGUCUGAGCACGCUCGCAGGCGGAAGGCAUGGAUGAAGGCGUUUAGUACAAAUGCCUUGCAAGAGCACGAGAUCGUCGUAUUUAGACGGACAGAACAGCUUUUGAGUAUUCUGGAGCGGUUCUCUAAUCACUCUAAAGAAAUCGACUUAGCAUACUGGUUCAGGCUAUUUUCGUUCGAUACCAUGGCAGAUAUCACAUUUGGCGGAGGGUUCGAACUUAUGAGAGACGGCGACAAGGACAGAUAUCUGGAGCUAAUUCAUGCAAGCGCAAGAAAUAUCGCGUUUCUAGAACACGUACCAUGGCUCGGAGCUGUCGUUCAGCGUAUUCCUUAUUUUACAAGAAAGAUAUCACAGUACCGGCAAUUCGCCACUAAAACAUUACUGGCGCGGAUGCAUAAAGGCUCGGCUAGAAAAGAUCUAUUUCAUUAUUUGCUACACGAAGAAAGGGAGCUUCCAAAAAACGUACCCCUUUCAGAGCUUGCCUCAGAUGCUUUCCUCGCUAUCACCGCAGGAUCGGAUACUACAUCGACAACCUUGGCUACUAUCUUUUUCUAUAUUCUCACACACGAAGAAGUCUACACAAAGUUGAAAGCGGAGGUGGAUGAUUUGUUACCACCGUCUCGCAGGUUCGAUGAUAUCAACAUGAAAGAAGUUAACAAAAUGAACUACCUUACCUGCGUUAUACAUGAGUCGCUGAGGCUUCAUCCUCCAGUUGCGUCGAGGUUACAGCGAGCAUCCUUCCCCGUUUCUGCUGAAUGUUGUGUCGGAAACCGAAUUAUUCCCGGUGGUACUGCUGUCCAGAUUCCUGCGUUUACUAUUCAGAGAGACCAGAAGUACUUCUCUCCGGACACGAGCUCGUUUAUUCCCGAACGCUGGCUUCGCAUACUCGAACCAGAGAAACCUGAAUCAGUAAGCGAUAACCACGAUCGCCUGGGUCGUCAGACGAAGUUCAAUACGAACGCAUCUGCAUUCCUCUCGUUUUUGUACGGCCCGACAAGCUGUGUAGGGAAGAACUUAGCGAUGCUGGAGAUGCGCAUGGUAAUAGUACGGAUGAUACAGCGGUUCAACAUGCGUCUCGCUCAUAAACUUAACAAAAAUUAUUGGGACGAGGAGAGAAAAGAUUUCUAUAUUGCGCAUGUCGGGAGGCUCGUAGUUACUUUAGAAAGACGCUAUUAAAUGUACAAUGUGAUGCAGUCGUUAUCAGGCCUCACAGUACGUCCACAUAAAGUAAUUUGGCACUUCCGAGACAAAAAGCGAUCUACAUGUAUAUCGAUUUACGGUCGAACUGAAUAGAUGGC